CAGCCCCUUUCUUUCCCCCUUCAUCGAUACCUCUACACGCUCUCAAUAACAUCAUGGGUUGGUUCGACGGUUCUGACAAGCAAGACGCAUACAACCAGGCCGUCAACUCGCCUCACCAGGCUGAGCUCUCGCACGAGGUGAUUUCUGGUGCCGCUGCCUACGAGGCCGCCAAGGCCUACGAGAAGCACUGCGAACAGAACGGAAAGCCCGCCUCGCACGCUGAGGCCAAGGAGCUUUUGGCUGGUUUCACUGGUGCCUUCGUCGACCGCUUGGUUGAGACCAAGGGUCUCGACUUCGUGGACCGUGAGAGGGCGAAGCGAUCGGCUCGCGAGCAGACCAACGAGAUUGUGCAGCAGGAUUUCAACGUCUACUAAAUGGGUUCCUGAAGUCAAGAAAGCACUCGGGUCGGAGUUGUACCAUCACGAUCGAUAGUAAUGAUCAUACCAUCCGAUAUCAAUUAACAAAUAGCUUGCGUGAAAUAUAUAUGAUC